AUGUCUGCUCCCGCCCACAAGUUCAAGGUCGCCGACCUGUCCCUCGCCGCCUUCGGCCGCAAGGAGAUUGAGCUCGCCGAGAACGAGAUGCCCGGUCUCAUGGCCACCCGUGCCAAGUACGCCGAGGACCAGCCCCUCAAGGGCGCCCGCAUUGCCGGCUGCCUGCACAUGACCAUCCAGACCGCCGUCCUCAUCGAGACGCUGACCGCUCUCGGUGCCGAGGUCACCUGGACUUCCUGCAACAUCUUCUCCACCCAGGACCACGCCGCCGCUGCCAUUGCCGCUGCCGGCGUCCCCGUCUUUGCCUGGAAGGGCGAGACCGAGGAGGAGUACAACUGGUGCCUGGAGCAGCAGCUCGUCGCCUUCAAGGACGGCAAGAGCCUGAACCUCAUCCUCGACGACGGCGGUGACCUGACCUCCCUCGUCCACAAGAAGUACCCCGAGAUGCUCAAGGGCUGCUACGGUGUCUCCGAGGAGACCACCACCGGUGUCCACCACCUGUACCGCAUGGUCAAGGACGGCUCCCUGCUCGUCCCCGCCAUCAACGUCAACGACUCCGUCACCAAGUCCAAGUUCGACAACCUGUACGGCUGCCGUGAGUCCCUCAUUGACGGUAUCAAGCGUGCCACCGACGUCAUGAUUGCCGGCAAGAUCGCCGUCGUUGCCGGCUUCGGCGAUGUCGGCAAGGGCUGCGCCAUGGCCCUGCACGGCAUGGGUGCCCGUGUCCUCGUCACCGAGAUCGACCCCAUCAACGCCCUCCAGGCCGCCAUGGCCGGCUUCCAGGUCACCACCAUGGAGAAGGCCUGCAAGGUCGGUCAGAUCUUCGUCACGACCACUGGCUGCCGUGACAUCCUGACUGCCGCUCACUUCCCCGAGAUGCCCAACGAUGCCAUCGUUUGCAACAUUGGCCACUUCGACAUUGAGAUCGACGUUGCCUGGCUCAAGGCCAACGCCAAGUCGGUCCAGAACAUCAAGCCCCAGGUCGACCGCUUCCUGAUGCCCAGCGGCCGCCACAUCAUCCUCCUGGCAGAGGGUCGCCUGGUCAACCUUGGCUGUGCCACUGGCCACUCCUCCUUCGUCAUGUCCUGCUCCUUCACCAACCAGGUCCUGGCCCAGAUCCAGCUUUUCAACAACGAGAACGCUGCCUUCACCAAGAAGCACAUUGAGUUUGCCCGCGACGGCAAGCUCGAGCGCCAGGUCUACGUCCUGCCCAAGAUCCUCGACGAGGAGGUCGCCAAGCUCCACCUUGCCCACUGCAACGUCGAGCUCUCGGUCCUCUCCAAGGUCCAGGCCGACUACCUCGGCCUGCCCGUCGAGGGUCCCUUCAAGAGCGACCACUACCGCUACUAA